CGCAUGCGUUAGUAUUUGUUGUGAUUUCGAACAGAAACUGAGAAAGAUGUGAGAGACGGAUUUAAUACAAGAUAUUGCCAGUCCGAAGAUGGCCAGCACAAGCUUGUUAGGGGGGUCUGGCCAUAAUGUCACUGGCUUGCCACCCAUUGUCCCAAAUCUGGCCUCAUCUCUACCUCAGCUUACAUCAGAAACCGAGCUCCAGAAACUGCUCGCUGAUGAACGGAUGAGAAGCCAGAUGCACAAAACCAACUAUGAGCAGUUAAAAGAAGAGCACAAACGGUUGCAAGAUGAAUAUGCACAAUUGGAGGAAGAGAUUAAAAGGACGGUGGAAGAGAGUAAGAUUGUACAGGAAAAGUACAAGACAAUGUACGAACAGACUCGAAGGGAACUCGGCGAGAAGAGCGCUCAAAUGGAGGAAAUCCGAAGUAGUGUAUUCACUCCCCAGCGUCUAGAAAUAAUACGAACUCAGGUAACGGAGGAAAUAUCAAAGAUUUACAAGGAACGUUAUCACAAACAGGAAGAGGAAGUGGAGGAGUAUCGUACGCUGUGUAACCAAUUAAAACACACGCUGGCCUUCACACAGUCCGAGUACGAGACCCAGAAAGCUGAGUAUCAACGGAUUAUAGAGGAAUAUAAGCUUAGUGCUGAGGCAGAGGUCACUAAUCUACGUAAAGAAAGGGAGACAACCAUCACUAAGGUGCGAGAGGAGAGCAGUCAGGACACGGAGCGUGUGCGGAUCUUACAGAAGGAGAAUGCGCAGUUACUGCUGAAACUAAAGACGUUAACCUUAGAACUGGAGGAGCUACAUGCUCAGAGAGAAAAACAGGGCUUUGAGACAGACAACAUCACCCGUGUACAGGCUAAACAGAUAACAGAGCUCUCAGCCUCCGUCAAAGGCCUCGAGACUGAGCGUGAAUCACUUCGUCGACAGCUUGACCAGUUACAGCGAGAUUUAGCUCUAACUGGUGACACUCAUAACAAGCUGACGGGGCAGAUCCACGAGCUGGAAAAAGAAAACGCUGUCUAUAAAAAUAAACUGGAGGAACUGACACACAAAAAUAAAGUAGACCUCACCAACCUCAAAAUGGAAAUGUUAAAACAGCGGGGGGAGUUAGAGAGGGAGAGAGACAAGCUACUGAAUGUGGUGGAUGAUUUACAGACAAAGUUAGAGAUAAAUAAACACACAAUUGACCAGCAAGCUCGAGCUCUGGUGGAGAAGGAGAGAGAUGCUGUCCGGCGAGUGCAGGCCGCGAGGGAGGAGGAGUUUGUAAAACUGACCAGUGUAGAGAGUGAAAAACUGGCAUUAGAGACAAAGCUGCAGGAAAUGGACCGCCGGAAGAUUGACCAGGAAGCUUACAAACAUGCCGAGAAAGAGAAAAUGGAGGAGCGGAUCCGAGCAGCAAACGAUGCAAAGGAAACAGCUGAGAGGGAACUUCUAGUCUUAAAGAGUAAAAUUGACCAUCAGAAUUCUCUACAGAACCAAAUAGAGCGAGAACGCAGUGAAAAUUCAGACUUAAAAAGUAAAAUCUCAAAACUGGAGACUGAAAUCAAUGCAUACCUGGGAAAUGAACACGAUAUGACAGAUGAUAACUUACGGCUGAGAAAUCAGGUGGAAUUACUCCGGGAGGAGAUUAAGUUGACCAAGGGUCAGCUAAAGAAAGUUCAGGACAAUCACGAUAUUAUAUUGAUGCAACAGAAGAGUGCAUUUACAGAGGAAAAAGCUCAGAUCGAUCACAGAUUACAGGAGCUCCAGGGCCAGCUAAAGGAACUCCACGGCAAAUACCAGAGGGCCCUCACAGCUUAUAAAAAGUACAAGAAGAAAAGCACACAUGUGGUGGAGCGAUUAAAAGACAAAAUAGAGAUUUUAGAGGCCAAAAAUGUGGAAAUAGAAUUGGAGAAAAAGGCGUUACAAGCCUGCGUACCUCAGGAUAUUUACAGCAAACUUAAGAAACAAUGGAAGGAUCUCCACAGGCGACACAAUGAGUUCCGUAAAGUCUUGUUGUCUAGCGUAUUCCCGGUCACUAUUGGUGAUAUGUCCUUUGCCAAUGUCACAGUUCCAGUUGAUUGCACAUUUCUACCCGGAAAUGUCAGCUUUACAGAACAGGAGAGAAAACACCAGGAAGACCUUCGUCUACUGAAGCAGAGACUCGAUCGCGUGGACAAUAACCAACAAAAACAGCUGGAAGAACUCCAGGAGAUAGCCUCCAGCACGUUCAGGGGGACCUUCCCAGAACUAGACGAGAAAAUCGGGGAAAGGGUCAUCGAGGAAAAAAUUACAGAGUCAGAGGUCAUUAUAGAACACGAGAAAAUCGUGACAAAAGACGUCAUUGUGGAGGAUGAAAGUAUGGAAAAGGCAGACUCUGAAAAAUCCAGCUGAUGACAGUGGGCCGGAAUUCAUCCUUCAUCAUACUCAUCUAACUAUUUAUCAGAUAGCAACUUGUAUUAAGAAUUUUUAGAAAGGAACAAAUACCCGAGGAAAGCUUUUCUGAGACAACAGCAUUACAAGAAAGCCUUCAUAGUUUUUCAGAAUGAAACUGGCUUUCUACACACUGUCACACUGAACACAAUGUCAUAUUUUCCCCCUCAAGUGUAAUGCAUAAAAUGUUCCCAUGUACCAGUCUAAUCAGAGAUUUUAUUUGGAAUUGCCCCGUGGAUUUGAUUUCAGUGCUGCUCGGAGCCUGGCUUGGACAAUGAUUUAGUGUAAAACGAAGGUGUUAUCUGAUCAUUCUAAACCUGUAAUUCUCUUCUCUAGCUGUGAUAUAUAAACUUAGUGGAUAUUUUCUCUACACAUGUAUUUAUAUUGUAUAUUUACAUAUUAUAUUUAUGUUUUUGUUAAUUGAUAUUGACUUUAAUCUCCAUGUGCCUUGUUGUGGAGUUGCAUAGCAAUACUGGAACAGGUGCUUUGGUCAAUGGUUUCUUUAGAACUACAUUAACAUAAAGAGAAGUAGGGUUGUGCUGUUUUAUACUGUAGUGGAAAUAUUUUUGAAGUACAAAGUGCAUCACUGAACUUUCUUAUUUCAUAUUUUUGAUACAGACUAAAUGUCAAAUGUAAAUAAAUUCUCUCUGACUUCCAACUUUCAGUCCACUUGCAACAAAUAUCUUCUAGUGCAUGGAGGUAAAGUUCAGACUGAUUUUUUUUUUUGUGAUGUAUUUUAUUACAAAAAAAAAAUAAAUGAUAAAUAAUAAA